ACAACACUCGUCUUUAUCUAUGGUUGACAAUACACGACAUGAAAAAAUAAACAUUAAAAGUAUUUUUUUUCGAAAAUCAGCAACACGUAGAGCCCCAAAAUGGUUUUAGCCGAUUUGGGACGUAAAAUUACGUCUGCCUUGCAUGGCUUGAGCAAGGCAACGAUUAUCAACGAAGAUGUCCUCAAUGGAAUGCUCAAGGAGAUAUGUGCAGCCCUAUUGGAGGCUGACGUCAACGUCAAAAUGGUCAAAGCCCUACGAGAAAAUGUUAGGGCUGUUAUAGAUUUCGAUGAAAUGGCAGGGGGCCUCAAUAAGAGACGCAUGAUACAGAGCGCAGUGUUUAAAGAACUUGUUAAGCUUGUAGAUCCAAGUGUUAAGCCAUUUCAGCCUGUGAAAGGAAAGCCGAAUAUUAUCAUGUUUGUUGGUUUGCAAGGAUCUGGUAAAACCACCACGUGUACUAAGAUGGCCUAUUACUACCAGAAAAAGAACUGGAAAUCAUGCUUGGUUUGUGCCGACACGUUUCGUGCCGGUGCUUACGAUCAAGUAAAACAAAAUUGUACUAAAGCCAGAAUACCGUUUUAUGGAAGUUAUACUGAAGUCGAUCCUGUAAUCAUAGCCCAAGACGGUGUGGAAAUGUUCAAAAAGGAACAUUUCGAAAUUAUAAUUGUAGAUACAAGUGGAAGACAUAAACAGGAAGAUUCCCUAUUUGAGGAAAUGUUACAAGUUUCCAAUGCCGUUAAACCAGACAAUAUAGUGUUUGUUAUGGACGCCACUAUUGGACAAGCGUGCGAAGAGCAAGCUAGAGCUUUUAAGGCAAAAGUAGAUGUAGGAUCUGUAAUUAUUACUAAACUUGAUGGUCACGCAAAGGGUGGAGGAGCACUCAGCGCUGUUGCCGCGACCAGUAGUCCAAUUAUAUUCAUCGGUGUUGGAGAGCACAUAGAUGAUUUAGAGCCAUUCAAAACUAAGCCCUUUAUAAGUAAACUUCUCGGCAUGGGAGACAUAGAAGGUCUUAUAGAUAAAGUAAAUGAGCUAAAGCUUGAAGAUAAUGAAGAACUUUUGGAGAAAAUCAAGCAUGGUCAAUUUACCCUGAGGGAUAUGUACGAGCAGUUCCAAAACAUCAUGAAAAUGGGACCGUUUUCACAGAUUAUGGGGAUGAUCCCAGGCUUCAGUCAAGAUUUUAUGUCUAAAGGCAGUGAGCAGGAAUCAAUGGCCAGAUUGAAGAAACUUAUGACAAUCAUGGACAGCAUGAAUGAUGGGGAAUUGGACAGCAGAGAUGGAGCCAAAGUAUUUUCAAAGCAACAAGGCCGCAUUGUCAGGGUAGCUCAAGGCUCGGGAGUGACAGAAAGGGAAGUGAAAGAGCUUAUCGCACAAUACACAAAGUUUGCGGCGGUAGUUAAAAAAAUGGGGGGCAUUAAGGGACUGUUUAAAGGAGGUGAUAUGGGAAAGAACGUUAAUCAGAAUCAAAUGGCCAAACUCAAUCAACAAAUGGCACGCAUGAUGGAUCCCAGAGUGUUGCAUCAAAUGGGUGGGAUGGCUGGCUUGCAAAAUAUGAUGAGACAGUUGCAAUCCGGAGCGGCUGGAGGCUUGGGUAAUUUAAUGGGUGGAUUUGGUAAACAGUAAAAUUGUAUCAGUUUCGUAAUUCAUUCUUUGCAUGGCUCAAAGUUAGCACUUUCACAACAGGAUAUUCAAUAAUGUCAAUUCAACUGUAAAAAUUAAAUUGUAUUUCGAUCAACUUCACUUUUACAGUUAAAUGAUCAAGUCAUUUCAGUUGAAUUACGUUCCGUAGAAUUGUUGUAAAUGUCAUUUUUUGUUUUAUUAAUAAAAAUUUUCUAAACA